GACUAGCAACGCGGGGAAGAUGGCGGCGUUGGUGGCGGCUGAGGCGGCGGUGACCCGGGGCCCCGCGGAGGCCGCCGAGGCGGCCGAGGCGGCGGAGCUGAGCCGCGCCCUGAGCCGCCUGUUGCCCGGGCUGGAGGCCGACAACAAGCUGGGCCGGCGGCGCGCGCUGGAGGCGCUGCAGCGUGAGCUGGAGGCAGCGCGGCCUGAGGCGCCCGACGCCGACCCCGCCGCCGCGGCCGCCGCCUUCCAGGGCCCGUGGGCCCGCCUGCUGCUGCCGCGCCUGCUGCGCUGCCUGACCGACCCGGCCGAGGGCUGCCGCGCGCUGGCCGUGCACCUGCUGGACCUGGGCCUGCGGCGCGCCGCGCGGCCUUGCGACGCCCUCCCGCGCCUGCUGCCCGCGCUUGCCGCCCGCCUCGCCUGCCCCGAGCCCGCGCGCCGCCCGCCUCCAGAGCCCUGCGAAGAGCUGCGCCUGGCGCUCGUGCAGCUGCUCGGGCUGGCCGUGCGCCUGGGCGGCACCGCGCUCGCGCCCCACCUGGACGACGCGGUGCGGGUGCUGCGCUGCACGCUGUUGGACCCCUUCGCCGCCGUGCGCCGCGAGAGCUGCGAGUGCGCCGCCGGCCUGGCGCGCGCUACGCCAGACCACUUCCACAUGCAGUCGGAGUCCUUGAUCGGCCCCCUGAUGCAGAGCAUCUCCCACCAGCACUGGAAGGUGCGAGUGGCCGUCAUUGAGGCCACAGGCGCCGUGAUCCAGUUCGGCAGCGGAAAGUCUGUGGACGACGUGCUCCCGCACUUUGCUCAGCGGCUCUUUGACGACGUCCCCCAGGUGCGCAGGGCGGUGACACGCGUGGUGGGGGGCUGGCUGCUGGACCUGCGGGACCGCUACUCCUUCUUCCACAAGCUCAUCCCGCUCCUGCUGAGCGGCUUCGACGACGACAUCCCCGACAUCGCGUAUGAGGCGACCAGCCUCUGGGAGAAGGUCGGCCUGCAGUGGCAGACGGAGAACGAGGAGAGCCUCAAGGACAAGCUGGACUUUGCCGGCCCGCCCCCGGCCCGUCACCCUUCGCCAGAGCGCCGCCCGGGGCUGGGCUGCCGGGAGCUGGUCUUCAGAAACCUCGCCAAGAUCCUGCCCGCCAUCUGCCACGACGUCACCGACUGGGUGGCGGGGACCCGGGUGAAGGCCGCGCAGCUGCUGGCGGUGCUGCUGCUCCACGCGGAGGACCACGCCACCCAGCACCUGGAGCCCAUCCUGCGGACCCUGCUCCACGCCUGCGCUGACGAGGAGGCGGCCGUGGUCCGCAGCUGCAUCAGCUGCGCAGAGCUCAUCGGGGCCUUCGUCAGCCCGGAGGUGUUUCUCAAGCUGAUCCUGAUGACGCUGAGGAAGUCGCCCUCUGCCCCUGGCCUCCUGGUCCUCGCCUCAGUUGUUCGCGGCUGCCCGAGGGAAGCCCUUCGGCCGCACGUCAAGGUCAUCGCCACGGAGCUGGCCCAGGCCCACAUCUGCCAAGGCUCUGAAAACCCCGUCUACGGGGAGCGCCUGCUGCUGUGCGUGCAGGCCGUGGUGGCCAGGAGCCGGGAGGACUGCCGAGGCGCCGCCCUGCCGCUGCUGGAGGUGCUGGUGACCGUGCUGGCUCUGUGGGGGGCCACGGGCCUCGGCGACAAGGUUCAGGAGACACUGGCCGCGCUGGCUGCGGCAGAGGGCGUGGACGGCAGCCAGGACCUGUUCCGAGAGCACCUGGGCCCCCUCCUGGAGUGGGUGGCCGCCUCGCACCGCGACUGGACCGUCCACUCCGCAGAAGUCCUGCUGUUGGACGUGGUGGUCACACACUCAGGCCCUGCCCUCGGAGAGGCCCUGCCCCAGCUGGUCCCCAUCCUCAGGAGCUGCCUGCAGCCCGCCAGAGACCCAGCCCUGCGCCUGCAGCUCUUCUCCACCCUGACCAGGGUGCUGCUGAGGGCCCAGGAGGCCGCUGACGCCCGGGGACAGCUCCGUGGCUGCCUGGACACCGUGCUCAAGGACAUCCUUGUCCCCAAUCUGCAGUGGCACGCUGGCAGGACGGCCGCGGCCAUUCGCACAGCGGCCGUGUCCUGCCUCUGGGCCCUCGUCAGCAGCGGGGUCCUGUCGGACAAGCAGGUGCAGGAGGUGCAGGAAACGCUGAUGCCUCAGAUUCUCACCACCCUGGAGGAGGAUUCUCAGACGGCUCGAUUACUCUCAUGCCGGAUCGUUGGCGUGUUUCUGAAAGCCUCGGAUGGUGCGACUGAGCCUGACAAAUUCAUCAAGAUUUAUCCCGAACUCCUAAAACGCCUGGAUGACGUCUCCAACGAGGUGAGGCUGGCGGCCACCUCCACCCUGGUCACCUGGCUGGAGCGCGUCCGGAACGAGGCCGGGCAGUGCUGUUACCGGAGCAGCGUCCAGCACCUGUACAGGGAGCUCCUCGUGUACCUCGACGACCCCGAGCGCGCCGUCCAGGAUGCCGUUCUCGAGGCCCUCAAAGCUGGCAGCGCCCUGUUCCCCGACGUCCUGGUGAGAGAGACGGAGGCCGCCCUCCACAGGCAUCGCUCCCCCGCCUACUGCGAGCAGCUCCUCCGGCACCUGCGGGCCGCGCCGCCCGCGCAGUGACCGCAGUUCUGGGCGCAGAGCCUUCGGCUCGGCAGCCGGAGGUGAGAGCCACCGCCGGGCCCCGUCCUCCCCUAGAGCAGGGGUGGGGCCUUCGCGUCUCAGCCGCGGACACCGAGAAGCCAGCCUUGGUUUCCUGAGCGACAGGUUUUCAGAGCCCGAGUUCCCGAAAUGAGCCGCACUGUGGCUUCCGUGUUUUUACGUCCUGCUGACGCAGGUCGCUGCGAGGCCUGCCACCCGCCUGCAGCUGAUGCCCAGGUACGUGCUGGCUUCUCCAGACGCAGCCGCGUCAGGCCUCUCUGUCAGGCUCCGCGCACUGCUAGGUUCACGGAUUAUCAGUUCCUUCUGACUUAAAGGAACCCCAGGAAAGUUCUUGACGAUUUCAGAAGAAAAAAGCCAAACUGAUUAAAAAGAAGGGUUAUUGGAGUUCCCGCGCGGCUCAGUGGCUUGGGGCUCCGGCGUUGUCGCUUCUGGCGAGGGUUUGAUCCCUGGCCUGGAGACUUUCUCCUGGCACAAGCGCAGCCCAAAAGAAAAAGAAGGAAAAAGAGAAAAGUUCUUUCUGUGGGUUCCUCUACUGAAACGUGGUAUCUCAGAGAACAGACUGAAAGGAAUUUGAAAUUUUAGGAACUAUGUGUGAACGAAAUCUUUCCCAUUUAAAAAACACUGGAACUUUAGAUGUUGUGUGGAUAUAUUUAGCCAUGGUAUUUUUUUCUUAAGUCCAUAGUACUGACAGUGUUGAAAACAGACUCUCUAAUCGGAUGCAGUUUUGGUUGUGCUCCUGUAAACAGCAGUUAAGGAAAGUUGCGUUUUCUUCUCUUGCACUUUCUGCACCCAAGUGCCUAAAAGAUUUCGUUUUGAGUGAGUAUUAGUUCCAUAAGCAGAAUAUUUAUGUUGACACCAGGGGGAAAAAUGCCGCGUGUAUUUUAAAAAAAAUCAAAUAUUAACAUUUAUGCUUUGGUAUUUGAAAGUGUAA